AUGGCCGAGCUCCAAGCUAUUCCAGCCCGUCAUGGCACCGCGACAUUCGUGCCGGCGGGCCAGACGAUCAAGAUCAUCAACACUUCUGGAACGCAGGUGGUAGAUACUUGGGCCUUUGCAUUGCCCAAUCCUGAGCCAAAGAAAGGCUCGGAGGAGGAGCAGCAGGCACAGAAGCAGGAUCAGAAGCAAGACCAGCAGCAAGAGCAAAAGGAAGAACCAAGCCAGAGUGAAGCUCUGAAGUCUGCUCCAGCAAAGGCGAAGAAGAAGGGUGGUUCGGACUUUCCAAGUCAAGAAGAUGCUGAGAAGGCUACACAAGAAGGCAUCAAGGAGGGCGAAGAGAAAGCGGCACAGGAUGGGAAGCCGAAGAGCAGCUGGAGUUCAUACGUGCCCACCUCGUAUGUACCCUCUAUGGGCUGGUCAUCAAAGAAGGAUGGCAGCAAUCAAAGUGGGAAAGAGACCGAACAGCAGAAGAACAGCCGGACUUGGGGCUCGUAUUUCCCCUCUGGCAAAGGCUUCAGCAAUUACAUCCCAAAGCAAGCCACGGAUACUGUAUCUUCGUUCGCAGAUACACACCAACGCGACCCAAACAAGUCAUACCUUGAACAACUCACAGAGUUCUCCAAAACACCCGUCGGCGCAGCAGGUAUGGCAGCAUUGACCGGCUCCGGAUACAGUGGCAGUCUCUACGCUGGCUACCAAGCGUACAACUCGAAGCAACCCUUCCAACCCGCGAUGGAGUUCAUGAGCAUGCCGCAUUCUCGCGCCGCGACUCUGCACUUGCGGCCAAGGGUUGAUGAUACUCUGGUGUCGAAUAUCAGAGAGCCAAUCAUGACGCUGGUCGAGGAUACGAGCCCCGGUAUCCACGACACUCUGAUCGCAGCUUGUGAUCCAGCCAGAUACAAAGGGCUGGGUGUGGAGAACUGGGAGCAGCAUGGCUCUUGCGCGGAGAACUUGGUCCUGGCGUUGAAGGAGCUCAACGAGCGCGCAGGUCUGAAGGGCAACAAGGGUGUCGGUGCGGAAGUGACGAUCAACUCCGUCCCAGCACCUUUGAAUCUCUUCAUGAACAUCCCGUGGGACGAAGAUGGCGACAUCGGCUUCCACGCCCCCAAGGGCAAGAAAGGCGACUACGUCCGUCUGAAGGCCGAGCGGGACAUCGUCGUCGUGAUGAGCGCCUGUCCGCAAGACGUGCUGGAUAUCAACGGCAAGGAUCCCCAGGACGCGCACUUCCUCGUCGAAGGCGGAGAGGAGCCUAAGCAGGCCAUCAAGAGGACGCAGAAGAAGCGACCGCCGCCAAGGAAGAUCAAUUCUUCGCAUGCGACUUCAACGCAAGGCACAGAGUCGGGUGCCCAGCCGGCGAAGAAGCCGGUGCCGCAGAAGAGGCCUGUGCCGGCCAAGAAGCCUGCGACUUCAGGAACGUCUGCUCCGGCGAAGAAACCUGCUCCUUCAGGAGCCUCGUCGACAGGGCAAGGCGCUACCAAGCAGACAUCGCAAGCAGCGCCCGCGCCGAAGAAGAAGCCGGCGCCGAAGCCUGUGCAGCCGCAGAAGACGGCGGAGGCUCCGUCGACGGGUGAGGCGAAUGGUGGUGAUGCGGCGCCGCCGCCUGUUGAGAAGAAGAAGCCUAGGAAGUUGGCGCCGAAGGCGAAGCCGGCUGCUGCGGGUGACAGUUGA